AUGCCGAGUCUUCUCCAGAGUUCUCCUGAGAGUCCUCAGAGUCCUCCUGAGGGGCCUGACCAGUCUCCUCUCCAGAGUCCUGUGAGCUCCUUCAUCUCCUCCACUUCAAUGAGUCUUCAGAGUCCUCCUGAGAGUCCUCAGAGUCCUCCUGAGGGGCCUGACCAGUCUCCUCUCCAGAGUCCUGUGAGCUCCUUCAUCUCCUCCACUUCACUGAGUCUUCAGAGUCCUCCUGAGAGUCCUCAGAGUCUGCCUGAGGGGCCUGACCAGUCUCCUCUCCAGAGUUCUCUGAGCUCCUUCGUCUCCUCCACUUCACUGAGUCUUCCCCUGAGUUUCCCUGAGAGUCCUCAGAGUCUUCCUGAGGGGCCUGCCCAGCCUGCUUUCCAGAGUUUUGUGUGUUCCUUCUCCUCCACUUCACUGAGUCUUCUCCAGAGUUUCCCUGAGAGUCCUCGGAGUCCUCCUGAGGGGCCUCCCCAGUCUCCUCUCCAGAGUCCUGUGAGCUCCUCCUUCUCCUCUAGUCCAUUGAGUCUUCCCCCGAAUUCCCCUGAGUGUCCCCAGAGUCCUCCUGAGGGGCCUUCCCAGUCUGCUCUCCAGGGUUCUUUGAGUGCCUUCUCCUCUAGUCCAUUGAGUCUUCCCACGAGUUCCCCUGAAUGUCCCCAGAGUCCUCCUGAGGGGGCUUCCCAGUCUGCUCUCCAGGGUUCUGUGAGCGCCUUCUCCUCUAGUCCAUUGAGUCUUCCCCCGAAUUCCCCUGAGUGUCCCCAGAGUCCUCCUGAGGGGCCUUCCCAGUCUUCUCUCCAGGGUCCUGUGAGCUCUUUCUCCUUCAGUCCAUUGAGUCUUCCCCCGAGUUCCCCUGAGUGUCUCCAGAGUCCUCCUGAGGGGCCUUCCCAGUCUGCUCUCCAGAGUCCUAGUCCUCCUGAGGGGCCUUCCCAGUCUGCUCUCCAGAGUCCUGUGAGUUCCUUCUCCUUCAGUCCAUUGAGUCUUUCCCCGAGUCCCCCUGAGUGUCCCCAGAGUCCUCCUGAGGGGCCUUCCCGGUCUGCUCUCCAGGUUCCUGUGAGUGCCUUCUCCUCUAGUCCGUUGAGUCUUCCCCCAAGUUCCCCUGAGUGUCCCCAGAGUCCUCCUGAGGGGCCUUCCCAGUCUGCUCUCCAGGGUCCUGUGAGCGCCUUCUCCUCUAGUCCAUUGAGCCUUCCCCUGAGUUCCCCUGAGUGUCCCCAGAGUCCUCCUGAGGGGCUUUCCCAUUCUGCUCUCCAGGGUCCUGUGAGCACCUUCUCCUCUAGUCCAUUGAGCCUUCCCCCGAGUUCCCCUGAGUGUCCCCAGAGUCCUCCUGAAGGGCCUUCCCAGUCUGCUCUCCAGGGUCCUGUGAGCUCUUUCUUCUCCUCCACUUUAUUGAACCCAUCCAGUGAAGAGUCCAACAGCCCAGUAGAUGAAGAUACAAGUACCUCAGACACCUUACUAGACAGCGAGUCCUUGACAGAUAGCGAGUCCUUGACAGUCACUGAGCCCUUGUUUACUCAUACACUGGAUGAAAAGGUGGACAAGUUGGUGCAGUUUCUUCUUCUCAAAUAUCAAGCAAAGGAGCCUGUCACAAAGGCAGAGAUGAUGACAAUUUUUGUCAACAGGUACAUGGGCUACUUUCCUAUGAUCUUCAGGAAGGCCCGUGAGUUCAUAGAGAUUCUUUUUGGCAUUGCCCUGACAGAAGUGGGCCCCGACCACUCCUAUGUCUUUGUAAACCCAUUAGACCUCACCUGUGAAGGGAGUCUGAGCGAUGAGCAGAGCAUGCCCCAGAACCGCCUUCUGACACUUACUCUGAGUAUAAUCUUCAUAAAGGGCUCCUCUGCCUCUGAGGAGAUCAUCUGGGAUGUGCUGAGUGGGAUAGGGGUAUGUGCUGGGAGGAAGCACUUCAUCUUUGGGGAGCCCAGAGAGCUCCUCACUAAAGUUUGGGUGCAGGAACGUUACCUGGAGUACCGGGAGGUGCCCAACACUUCUCCUCCACGUUAUGAAUUUCUUUGGGGUCCAAGAGCCCAUUCAGAAAUCAGCAAGAGGAAAGUAGUAGAGUUUUUGGCCAUGCUAAACAAUACCGUCCCUAGUUCCUUUUCAUCCUCAUACAAGGAUGCUUUGAAACAUAUAGAAGAGAGAGCCCAGGCCACAAUUGACACCACAGAUGAUUCCACUGUCACAGACAGUGCAAGCUCCAGUGUCAUGUCCCCCAGCCCCUCUUCUCCUGAGUGAAGUCUAAGGCAGAAUCUUCCUUUUGAGUGUGAACAGGGCAGGCGAG